AUGUUAAUACAGCAUGCCGAGUUACCAGAGGUGACCAACGAGCUAUCGGUAUCAUUACGACUGAAUAUUCUGUAUUAUAAUCCAGCAUGGGCUUGCGAAAGAAGCGAAGAUCGUACACCCAGUCUCUGGUUGGCACCAAAAGAUUCAGCGCCGGACGCACAAUUCUCGACGACUGAUUGUAUAAAUACACAUUCAAUUGGCAACGGGCUUUCUCUGAACCGUUGGUAUCAUCUAGUCUACACUCUCUCUGAACCAGAAAAACAAUUAGAUUUUUACAUAGAUGGAAAAUGGGUUGAAUUCGCUCACAUCCAACAAAAUAUCAAAUUCAAUAAUGGACCGCUGUGCAUCGGAAACGAUAGAUUUUUUGAUGGGAUCACUGGCUUAAUUGGCAAUUUUCGUUAUUAUAACUGGCGUUUAUCUGCUGAAGAAGCGAAAGUUGAAUAUUUGUCAAAUGCCAUCAACUUUAAAUCCAUCAAAUGGACAUCCAACGAUACUACUAUUACAGCUAGUAUUUCUUUGAAAGAAUUAGACGCAUUAUACAACUAUAUCUUACCGAUUACUUUCUCCAGUCGGGGCAAUUCAGAUUUUGCUAAUGAGUUCAAAGAGAAAAAAUCAAGAAAUUUCCAUGAAUAUAUUUCAGAGCCGAUUACUUUCUCUAGUGAGGACAGAAUGAUAAUACAGCAUGCUGAGUUGCCAGAGGUGACCAACGAGCUAUCGGUAUCAUUACGACUGAAUAUUCUGUAUCGUAAUUCAGAAUGGGCUUGUAUUUUUCAUAAAGGCGAAAGAAACGAAGAUCGUACACCCGGUCUCUGGUUGACACCAAAAAAUUCAGCGCUAGACGCACAAUUCUCGACGACUAAUUGUUUAAGUACACAUUUAAUCGGUAACGGGCUUUCUCUGAACCGUUGGUAUCAUCUAGUCUACACUCUCUCCGAACCAGAGAAACAAUUUGAUUUUUACAUAGAUGGAAAAUGUGUUGAAUUCGCUCGUAUCCAACAAAAUAUUAUAUUUAAUAAUGGACCGCUGUGCAUCGGAAACGAUAGAUUUCAUAAUGGGAUCACUGGCUUAAUUUGCAAUUUUCGUUAUUAUAACUGGCGUUUAUCUGGUGAAGAAGUGAAGAAUAUUUGGUAG